UCGGCCAGAAGUUGUCAGUCGUCUGCGGGCGAAGGGCACGGAUGUGGUUACAUGAGUCUUGAAAGUGCCUAACACUCAUCUAUAACUGCAAUUUUUCAUCAGGUUUUUGUAACUGAAACACUGAACGACGACCUCAACGGCACGAUACUACCCGGUGUCCCAUGGUAACGCGAGAUUUUAACGGCCAGGAUUCAGUAAAGAAACAACAAGCUGGAGAAGAAAUAGAUGAAUUCAUCCAAGCGAUCCUUCUCUUUGCUGUUUGUGCGCUUCUAACGCUUUUGAUUAUCUUCUGGAUUCACAAGAUCAUGAGAUCACGCAAGUGUGACAAACCACCUGGUGCAUCAGCCAUGGAUGCAGCAGAUUCCUGAACAGACAGAAUGUCAUCGGAGGCUGCGGUCUCCACACCUACUGCCAUAAGCAAUACCUCAACCAAGAGAGACUACUACUGGCUUCGCUCCUUUGUAGCUGGAGGUGUAGCAGGAUGCUGUGCCAAGACGACCAUCGCUCCUCUGGACAGAAUCAAGAUUCUGCUUCAGGGUCAGAACCCCCACUACAAACAUCUGGGAGUGUUUUCUACUCUCAGAGCUGUGCCAAAGAAAGAAGGCUUCCUUGGCUUGUACAAGGGUAAUGGGGCAAUGAUGGUUAGGAUAUUUCCUUAUGGGGCCAUCCAGUUCAUGGCCUUUGACAAUUAUAAAAAGCUGCUAAGUAAACAGCUGGGGAUCUCUGGACACAUUCACCGCCUCAUGGCAGGAUCUAUGGCAGGGAUGUCUGCGGUGAUUUGCACCUAUCCUCUGGACAUGGUUCGAGCCAGGCUGGCCUUCCAGGUGAAAGGAGAGCAUCGCUACACUGGAAUCGCCAACGCCUUCCACACCAUCUACCUUAAGGAGGGAGGCUUCUUGGGCUUCUACAGGGGACUCACUCCAACACUUAUUGGAAUGGCCCCUUAUGCAGGUUUUUCAUUCUUCACCUUCGGUACCCUGAAAAGCCUCGGCUUGAAACAUUUUCCCGAGAUGCUGGGACGUCCCUCCUCAGACAACCCCGAUGUCCUCAUCCUGAAAUCCUACGUCAACUUGCUCUGUGGAGGGGUUGCUGGUGCCAUCGCCCAGACAAUAUCGUACCCCUUGGAUGUGGCUAGGAGAAGAAUGCAGUUAGGAACUGUGCUUCCUGACUCUGACAAAUGUGUAUCACUGAGAAAGACCCUGUUGUAUGUGUACAACGAGUACGGGAUCAAGAAGGGAUUGUACCGAGGCCUUUCUCUCAACUACAUCCGUUGUGUCCCCUCUCAGGCUGUGGCCUUUACCACCUACGAGUUCAUGAAGCAGGCCCUCCACCUGAACUAGCUGUUGUUUUUCUACCUUCCAAGUCAUUUAGCAGAUCGACCUCAGUGCUUCCUUCAGAGUGAUCUGAGGCUCACUUGCUACAUCUUAGACCCUACAGUGUAGGCAUGGCCUUUUUUUUGUUUUGCCCUGACUUCACUGAAGGUUGUAGUUAAGUCAGUUAAUUCUGAAAGAGGAAACUUGAUCGCUGACAGAAAGGUACUCCAUCUCUGUUCUCUUUCAUCCCCUCUUACUUCCUUUUUUUGACUCACCACCUGUUAAGAGAUGAUUUACUCAACCUCUUCGACAUGUGACUUGAAUUUGAGCAACUCCCUCAUCAGUGUCUCCAUGGAUACAGCAGACAGCGGCACCUUUGGUCUGGCUUGGAUGGACGGCCCGGGGCAAUGUGUGUGUGUGUGUGUGUGUGUGUGUGUGUGUGUGUGUGUGUGUGUGUGCUCUUUAACAAUGUUGUUGGCAACACCACAGCAACACGCUGAUUGUGUAGAAGCCCCCUCGUUCACACGCUCACCUGUCUGUUUCUGCCUCUUUCCUGACCUGCCGAAGAGAUUUUAAAAUCAGCUUAAAAUGAGCAAAUUAUCAAACCCGAUUAUGUUUCUAUCAAAUUCAUUACAAAGAAGGGAACUCGGUGAUGUGAAGUUAUGUCACUCUUCUUUAUGCUUAAUCUUUGUAUCUGGUUUGAUAGUUGUGUGUCAUUGCUUCUUAGGUUAUUGUUGAAAGCUACUUUCGGACUUUUAAAAAUAAUCAGAUGAUUUCUAAUGUUUUGUUUAUUCAGGGUUUAGUGUGUCUUUAGAUAUUCGGUUGGUGCAGGUUUGGGAUGCAGUCAUUUGUUCGUGCAUCUUUGCCUUUGUCAUCUACAUGAAUUUAAAAUCAAUAUACAAAAUUAACAUUCUGUUUUUAUACAGCAGGUCUUUUUAGAGAUGACCUGGUUUACACACGAUUUCAGUUUGACAAUUUUUUUUUGCCAAACCUUGAAUGGAGCAGUUACUGUAUGUAUUUUGAAUUACUGAAAAAUUAGUUGUUUUGUUUAAUGUUCCUUAAUGUGCGCAAAGAUAGUCUGUACUUUUGUUGAAAUUGAAUUAUGUACAUCCGUGCUCUGCUGUGAUCAGAGAGGUACUUUGAGUUGUUGUGACUUCUUGAGAUGUCAGCAUUCGGAUUUAUUAUGGAUGUAGUUCUGACAUCUCCAGACAGACACACUUGAUGGAAGGGACUCAGGAGAAAUUUGCACUUCAUACUGUAACUGUAGCUUUGUCUUUUAUUUAUUGAAGUAGCUGUCUGUUGCCACUGGGUGGCGGCAUCGAACACAGAUUGUAUUGUUUACCAUCAGAGCUGGACAUAACAUUGAUACAGAUUUCACAAAUCUCUUAUCAAAUACAAAUCACAUUAUGAUCUUUAUGAUUUUGUUCCAUUUUGCUUAACCAAAGCAAAUUGUUAGACAGUGAGAGUAAUAUAUGCAGUGUUUUUAACUGGAGCUAUUGGCUGCUUGCAUUUACUGCUUCAGGAAGGAUGAGCAUUAAUUACUGAAUGAGAGGAAAGUGAUGUUCAGUCACUUUCAGUCUCAAGUGCGCCGCAGGCCUUCAGGUGAGCACCUGUGUGUGUUAGUGUGAGCCUCGUUUGAUUGUUGUACGAGUCUCUUGCCUUCUUCUGCAUUCAAUGUCUUACUUCACCAGUGAUUCCUCGUGUUUUUACUGGCAUUUCUCCAAACAUUUUGGGAGAUGACCUCAGUUUUUUAGAUGACUAUGUGAAUUGGGGGAAAUUGUAAAACAAUGGUUCCCGGCCUUUUUGUGUUGCUACUCAAAAAGGAAACAGUGCUUAGUGAACUUACAUCCAUUUAUUGCCAAUUCCAAAGAGUGUUUUUUCCCCUCUAAACCUCUCAGAUUGUUUUGAAAAGAGGCCCAAAGAGGUAAAACUACCCCAUAUCUUACAAACAAGCAGAGAUUAGAGGAAAGUACAAGCACACAUUUGUGCAAAAGAAAGCACUUCUUGUUUUCUAUCCCAUUAAUCAUGUUGUCAGAUUCAUCAUGUAACCCACUGGAGGGGUCUUGACUUCCAGGUUGGGAAUCACUGCCUCAGAAUAUUGAAAUAUACCAUGAACUGCCACAGACUACUGAACGCUCUGAAAGCUAUUUACUACAGGGGAAGUGGAGUGUAGAGAAAGUCACUUUACUCACCUCUUAGCAGCUACUCAAUUGCAUAGUUGCCACGAGAAACUACCAGAUUAAAAAAAAAAAUGUAAAAGCCACAAACCUCAAAUCCCCACAAUCGACUGAAGAAAAUAUCAAGCUGUGAAAACGUAACUUUAGAUACUUAUAUUUUGAUACACUUGUCACCAUUGAAAUGAGUCAUCAAAACCAAAGUGUUCAUUUGAGUUUCCGCUGUGGCUUAUUUUCAUAGAAUAAUUGGAAAUCACCUGGUACGUCAAAACGGCUUGAUGCCUUGCAUGUGAAUGCAUUAUUGAACAAACAUCUAAAAAUUUUGGAAUGCAUAAUUCUCCCACAAUACCUUGAAAAGUACAAGUAAAUAUGAGUCUUGAUUGCUAAUUGUAUGUAACAAUAAAUGAACCGCAGUGUCCGACUGGGUUUAAGAGUAUAAUCACACACUCUCAUUGGUGGUAAGUGGCAGCUACCAUUUGGGAAACAGAGCAACAUUUCUGCUCAUUCAUGUAUGAUACUGCAGAAACUUUCAUGCAACUGUUCUGUUGAUUUCCUUGUUUGAUCUCAUCAUAGUUAUUGCUGUUUCUCUUUUUUUUUUUUUUCAACCCUUCAAGAACAGACCAGCUCUGUUCCUGCUGCUCACUGCAACUGAUAAUUAUGUACAACAUUAAAUAUUUGGAUAUUUAUAUAUGUAAAUGUAAUAAUAAUAAUAUAAUACAUUUCAUUUGUACAGCACUUUUCGUUCAUAUUGAAACUCAAAGUGCUCUUGUAUUAAUUACAUAGAACACACAACAUAGAGGAAAUAGUGAUAAGAGUGUAUACAAUAGUGUGCUGUACUACUUUAUCAGGCCGUGGUGUUGAUGUGACUGGAAGAGAUGAUGUAGUUUCCAGAAUGACUGAACAAACAAAUUGCAUUUUCUUUUGUCAUACUGUAUCUGUUUCAUUUUCUCUCUUUGCCUGCCAUUCUUUUUAUAAGCAGUGUCUGAAUUACAUUAAAUGUCACCCUCUUUAAAUCAGCA